AAGAAAGCGGAAGUUGUUGGGUAAUGUGGAAACGGCGUACCUGGCUAAUGUUUAUGUGUGUUAUGGUGUAGAUAUACUCACGCCCAGUCGCGUUAUAACACAGGGCUCACUGAGCUGUAGACAUGGAAGUGCCUUGCUACCUGCCCAAACUACUGUUUGAGCUCAAUGAGCAGCGUAAGCGGGACUUCUUCUGUGACUGCAGCAUCCUUGUCGAAGGACGUGUCUUCAAAGCCCAUCGUAAUGUGUUGUUUGCUGGGAGCGGCUAUUUCCGAGCUCUUCUGGUUCACUAUCUGCAGGAUAAUGGACAGCGCUACAGCACAGCAUCAUUGGACAUUGUGACGGCUGAUGCCUUCUCUAUUAUCCUGGACUUCCUUUACUCUGGCCGCUUGGCCCUGAACAGAAGCAAUGUCAUUGAGGUGAUGUCGGCAGCCAGCUACCUGCAGAUGACUGAUCUGGUAAACUUCUGUAAGGGAUACAUCCGCUCAUCUUUGGAAAUAUGCAACAAGGAGAAGGAAAGGAACACAGAGAAGGAGAACCAGGCACAGGAUGGAGGGAUGGGUCCCGCAGACAGCGGCACUUCUGCUGCUGCUGUCUCUGGCUGCGCAGAGGCCGGGGAGCCUCAUUCACAGGUCGCAGAGGCAGAUAGGGGGUCGGGUUUAGGUACAGAGACUGUGACCUUGGCUAGAACCCCCUUGUCUGUCCCCGUCACCACAACUCCAGGCACCAGUAGGGAUAUAGACAGUGACUACCAUUCCAGGGAGGAAUUCAGAUCUGGUAGCGAAGGACAGAAGGGACAUAUGGAUCAGACUAACCUCUCAUCGUCUUCAUCAUCUGUUUUGACCCUGGAGUUAGUGAACCCCAAGAUAGAGUAUGACCCUGAUGAGGAGCUUAUGGAGUCCCCUGACACAAAAGACCUGGCCUCGUAUCCUGGGCCCUCUCUCCAUAACUCCCAUCACAGUAGGCUACUUCCCCCAAGUCCAUCUCCCUCCAGUGAGCGCUCGCCCUUGGGAUACAGCCCUUCCUUUAAUUCCAGGCAGCUGAUGGAGAUGUUGGCCAGAGGUGAAGGCCCCAGUCCUCUCGUGGACAGAGUGGGGCAGCGCUUUAACCAAGGACUAAGUAGCAGCACGGGAGGAGGCCGAAUGGAUGAAGGUUUAGGGUUUGUGGGAUCAUCUAUCAUGGAGAUCCAGUCUGAUUGGCUUGGAGAGGACACAGGUGAUGGUUUGGUAGUGCCAGUGAAACUCCACAAGUGCCCUUUCUGCCCUUACACUGCGAAGCAGAAGGGAAUCAUGAAGAGACACAUACGUUGCCACACGGGAGAGAGGCCCUUCCCCUGCCCCAUGUGUGGCAAGCGGUUCACAAGACAGGAGCACCUCCGCAGCCAUGCACUCAGUGUCCACAGACACUACUGGCCGGUGUCAUGUAAGAGCUGCAGGCGAACCUUCACCGGACCCAGUGUUUCACCAGGACUCAGGCGCUUCGGCAUCUGCGACAGCUGCAACUGCGUGACCACCACUCAUGAUGAUGCCGCCCCUGCUCACCCCUCCAGCCAACCAGAGCCUAUGGAUCGUGCAGACGGGGGUACUGAUUGGUCCAGUUUUAUGGAUGAUGUAGAUGAGGUGGAGGUCGGCCGAGUGGAGGACUUGGUUGAGAAACAGAUGCUUGAAAGGCAGCUGGCUGUCUGCACUGAUGUAGGUCACACACUGUGAAUUUGUGGCCCACUGUACUGAGGAAAACCAUUCCUUGAACUGUUCUACUGUUUGGGUCAAGCGUGGCCAUGCUGUUAUUGAUUAUUGAAAUUAUUAUUGUAUGAUGAUCAUGUUUUUUAAGAUGAUUUAUUAGGGCAUUUCUGCUUUUUUUGAUACUGUGAGUAGAAAGGGACAGGAAAGGAGAGAAAGAGACUAUAACAUGCCGCAACAUGAAGCCAGUCCGCUGUGGUAAGGCUUGACAUGUGGUACGCAUUCUACCGCAUGGCUUUGUUGAUCACUUCCAAAUUUCUCUGUAUGUUGUCUAUAAAGAGAACAUUGCUGUCAAAGUUAUAGUUUUCUGGUUUCUCCCAACGUCACAGAGGAUGAGCAAAGUUGCCUGUUCCAUGUCAUGUCCAAAAUGAUUAAAGUACGCUGAUCAAAUGAGCCCUGUGGUUAUAAUGGAGCCAUUGUGGGUGUUGUCACAAUAAAUGUGUUCUG